UGGGCACGAUGUCUAAAUCUACUUCUCCUGUUUCUUCUGCUGCUGGCGAUUGAUUGAUAUGCCUUGAUGUUCUGUGGUCUUCAGUCAGCAUGGCAGAUGCAACAAAGUUUGUUCCGGUGACGGUGCUAGACGGAAGCCUCAGCGGACACCCUCCAACAUCUUGGGCGCCUCUAGGUCCUGUUCCAGCUCCUCCACCCCUGGGGCUGCCACUUCAGGCGGUUCUUUGCCUUUGGCGGGGCCGGAGGGCUCCAUAUCAUCAUCACUCUCGCACCAAGAGCCAAGCAUCGUCCCCUUCGCCCACGGAGAGACGAGCCAGACAGUUUGAGGUCUUCCAAGACGACGACAGGCCAGCGAGGACGCAACAGCAGCCAUCACCCACGAGACGUCGCUCCAAGACCAUUGCAGCUGGUACCCUCGGCGCCCAGGCCCAGGCACACAAUGCAGCUAAGCGACAGUGGCGACUUGCGGCACGGAACGACGAGGAGGAGGACGCACGACGAGGCAGAUCCUCCACAGCGACACCCAACAAAUCGGCACUGAAGCCAUCUUCGCGGCACCUCAACCAGUCGCUGCCCGUCACCCCAUCGUCGCGCCCUUCCAAGACUGUCCCACUCACCAGCGCGCCAAGUGGGAACAAGGAGAACGUUAGUAUAGUGCUCCCUACAUGCACCGCGCUUGGCCCUGGCGACGACGACACAGAGGCUGCCCGCUUGGCUGACGAGGUGGCCCGCCUCGAGGCUGAGACGGACCGCAUCCUCGCGGAGCAAAAGAAAAGGGAUCUUGCCAGGCUUCAGGCCCAACUCACCUUGAUCCCCACCCCGCCGCACAAACCCAAGCCAAAGCACCUCAUCCUUGACAAGCUUCCUUUCUUCUUGCCAAAGAGCGCGAGAUCCAAUGGGACUAGUCAGCCGACGACACCCCAGAGUGCGCCGGCAAAGACGCUGGCUUUUGUCUGGAGUCCUACACUAGGCUCUGGAGACCACGCGACCUCGCCUCAGAGCAUGUACUCGAUUGAACCAGGUGGCGGAGGCAUUGUGCCUCAGACGGAUGCGCCCACGUCGGCGAUCAAUGGUGGUGAGAGGCGGGUGACGGUGCGAUACUUGACUUCGACGAUCAAUCUGCCCGUGAACACGAACACGACGCCUGUCGAUGUCGCCUACUCGACAGCCAAUUUCGUCACCCACGACAUCACCCCAACAGCAUGCGUUAUCAUCGAGUGCUAUGAGGUCCUCGGGUUCGAGCGCCGCUUGCGCCAGUACGAGCGCAUCCGCGACGUCAUGAACUCGUGGGACAGGGACCAGCAGAAUACAUUGCUCGUCACAUCUGUCGACGACACUGCCCAGCCUGACGCCGACCUCAAGCUCGCCACUGUGCCACGGACAAAUGACCCCCCGACAGGCUUCACCUUUCAACUGUACCACUCAGCCCGCCCGGGCCGGUGGAACAAGCGCUGGGUGACUCUCAUGGACACCGGCCAAAUCUACGCCUCCAAGAAACCGGACGCGAAGCCCACGGACAAGGACAGCGCGGCACUCUGCCACCUUUCUGACUUUGACAUCUACACGCCCCGCGAGACGCAGAUGAGGCGCCACCUCAAACCGCCCAAGAAGUUCUGCUACGCCAUCAAGAGUCAGCAAAAGACACACCUGUUCCCCAAUGGCGAGAACUUUGUGCACUUCUUCUCCGUGGACGACGAGCAGCUCGCGCACCGCUUCUACGAGCUCAUCCACGGCUGGCGCAGCUGGUACCUCGUAAACAAGAAGAUUGACUUUGAGGGUAGAGAACAGCCAAGCUCACCACCAGUCCGGCGCAGCGGCACCACCAGGACCACGUCGGGUAGUGUGUCGAAAGCAGCACCUCCGCACAAGACAGCCAUGGGAGGCCAGCCUUCGUACACGAUAGGCGAGUUCAAGCCAUUGCUUGACAUGUCUGAAUUCGACAAGCCUCUGGAGGAGUUUGGCAAACGUCAGUCAAAGCUGGUGAAAUCGCCUCAGGAACCGGCAGUGCAGAGCGUCACAACCAACAAGGCGCAUAACCAACUACCGUCGAACACUGGUCUCAUCAGUCCUCAAGCUGAGGAGGAGUUCUCCUCGGGAGGCCUCUUGGGCGAAUCAUACGAUAAGCGCAAGGCAAAGGAGGCUGUCGGCACAGAGCCCAAGAAGACAGAGAGUCCUUUCAUCGAGGGCACGCUCCUCAACAGACCCGCGACAGCGUCUGCCACGCCCGUCGAGAAGCCCGACCAGGGUUCAUGGUUCCCUUCGGCGCAAGAGCACUCUGCCCGCAACCGUCCCCAGCCGAAGCCCUCCGUACGCCGCCCACGGACGGCCGGUGCGAGCCAGCCUCGUCGUGACGAUGCCCCGCCUCCAAUGCCGGGAUUUCACAGCAUUCCCAAUCUGCCCACAAGAGGUCCCAGCCAGCGCCAUGAUAUUGGACGCGCUGUCAAGCCUCCGGCCGGCAGCCCGCUGAUCGAAUUUGCCACGGGCGGCGUGACUAACAGUCAAGCCAUGCCUGCGCGCAGCGCGAUCAAGGGGCCUCCACCCCAUGGACACGGUCUGCCGCCCAACAGACCCCGGAGUCGGUCGACUGCGUCGAGCCGGGCGGAUGGGCCUCGCAUGCCGCCGAGCAGUCGUCCUCCUCUCCCGCCGAUGCCACAUCAUUUGGCAAGGCGACCUGAUGAGCGAGAGCGUGCAGGUUCUUCUACUACUUCAUCUUCGCACAGGAGUCGCGACCCGCGUCAUCAGGGACCGUUGAUCAAUAGGGUGAAAUGAUCAACUGAGUAGCUCAGUCUUGUUACCCUUCACAAUGUACAUAUUACUGGUUAUUCUGGCGUGGGAAAAGCGGCAUACUGAUUUUUCUUGAAUUCAAA